AUGAGCCUGUCGCUGCACGCCCUUCGCCUCGCGGGCUGCCUCUCUGCGGUGGCGUCGUGCGCCCUGCUGCUGCGACGGCUCCUUGCUUCUCGGCCGCGGCGCCUCGCCGAGCGGAGCUGUGCCGCCUGUCGCCCAACGCUGCGAGAGCACGGCGGAGAGCCGCGGAAACGCUGCGUCCGCACAGCGCCUCCGGUGGCAGAGGCGGCGGCUCCUCUUGCGACGGCGCAGGCGGACCCGAGCGACGCGCGUGCGCGUGCGCGGGCGCACCUCCGGUUCGGCAACCUCUGCGCGCGAGGCGGGCGGCCGGAGAAGGCACUCUCCCAGUACUUGGCGGCGGCGCGGGCCGACCCAGCCUAUGCGACCGCGCGGCACAACUGCGGCGGCGUCUGCCAGCGGCUGCGCCGGUUCGCCGAGGCGGCGGAGCAUUACGAGGCGGCGCUCGCGCUCAAGCCGAGGCUGGUGGAGGCGGCCACCAACCUGGCCGUCGCGCAGCUGAACGCCGGCGCGCAGCUCUCCGCGGCGGGGGACGCGGCCUCUGCCGGCGAGUGGUACCGGUCGGCGGUCGAGAGCGCGUACCGCGCGAUGCGCGUGCAGGCGGGCGCGGUGGAGGGCGGCGCGGGUCGGGCCGAGGGCGGCGAGACGCAGGACGGCUUCGACAGCGGCGGCUUCAACAGCGGCGGCUUCAACAGCGAGGCGUUCGCCAACCUGAACGUCGCGCUCCGCCUCGUCGGCGAGAGAGAGCGAGCGGUGCGCGAGACGUGGGCUGCUGUCGCCUCCCUCUCUCCGGCCGGCUUCACGCGGCCGCCUCCCGCGCCAGCGCCGCCGCACCUCUCCCGCUGCCUCUCCCGCUGCCUCUCCUGCUCCGCCUCGGGCUCGCCAUCCUCGGGACCGACCCCUCCCGCCGCCCUGACGGUCGCUUGCGUCAAGUGGGGCGACAAGUACGGUCCCGAGUACGUCAACCGCCUCUACGCCAUGGUUGCGCGGCGGCUGCCGGGCGUCCCCUUCCGCUUCGCCUGCCUGACCGAGCAGCCGCGCGGCCUGCGGCGCGAGGUCGAGCCGCUCCCGCUGCCCGCCGCCUCUGCGGGCUGGCGUGGCUGGUGGCUCAAGGCGUGCCUCUUCACUAGUUAA